ACAUAUAUUUAUCUCCGUAUAAGAAUAAACAAGUUUCUGCGAAGUAGUUCAUAUAUAUUUUGCUAACAAGAUGGCUCGGUUGUGUUGUGUAGUUUUAAUUAUUUGCGUGAAUAGUUUCGUGGUCAGUCGAGUUUCGGGGACUGUGGCACAAUCGUUUUUUCAUAAUGAUAUAGUUCCUGAUGUGUUGUCUGUUUCACCAACAGGAUAUAUGACUGUGGUGUACCCCGAUGGCGUGGAAGUGAAGGAAGGCAACGUGCUGACUCCUAGCCAGGUGAAGGACAUCCCUACAGUGUCGUGGGACAUCACGCUCGGCAGAAUGUACACUGUCGUCAUGAUUGACCCCGACGCGCCUUCCCGCUUGGAGCCAACAGACCGCGAGUACCUCCACUGGCUCAUGGUGAAUGUUCCUGGAGACAACUUGAAGUAUGCUGACACUAUAGCGGAGUAUGUUGGCGCUGGUCCUCCACAGGACACCGGGUUACAUCGAUAUGUGUUCCUGGUCUACCAGCAGCCGUUUAGAGCUGUGUUUAAUGAGACUGUGCUUAGUAAUAGAUCCUCAGCCAACCGUACAUCGUUCUCAGUGAGCGAUUUCGCCGAGAAGUACCACCUUGGCGACCCAGUAGCCGGCAACUUCUUCCAAGCAGAGUAUGAUGACUACGUGCCCGUUCUGCAGGAGCAAUUGAGAAGUGCACAGGCGUCUUUGGGAUCAAAUAUGGCGUUAUGUAUUUGUUUUUUGAUGUGCUUUUUAAGGCUAAUGAAGUAAGAAGCAAGUACUUAAUUAGAAUUAAGUGUUUUUAGGACUCAGAUCAGGUCAUUUAGAUCUUUGCUAACUGUGUAAGUAAACCGAGAGGUUUUCGUUGUAUGACUAGAUAUAAUGUAAAUAAAAUAUGCAAGUGUCUUGGAAAUUAACUAAACAUAAGUACUUAAAAUAAAAUUUACAUACUAACUUAUCUUUAAAGUGUAUAAUAAUAUUGAAGUGGAUAAAAAGUGCUUUUGAUUAUUGAUUAGGGACUCAAAUAAAUUCUUCAAAUUAUCGAUUCAGAGCUUAACAGCAAUUUAAUGUAAAUAUGUAGGAUGUGUGAACGUGCUAAUGUUUACGUAGUUUUAAGUGAUUUAAAUGUCUGACGAUACACAUUAUUAAAAUCAACAUAAAGUACAUACAGUCUUUAAUAAUAUAAUCAGCGUUCAAUAAGUUUAUAAGCAUACAGUUUAUUACUUACUAGCUUUCCGCCCGCGGCUUCGCCCGCGUGGAAUUCGGUUAUAUUGCGGUAAAAAUAUAUGUAAAAUGGUAUGGUGGUGUAAUGGUAACCCCUCCCGCUGUGGGUUAGCAGCGGUGAGGGAGUGUCAGACUCUUACUGACUAAAAUCGUCGUGUUCCGUCGUCCUAGGCCUUUUAUAUACCAGGGCCGCGGUAUCUCUUUCGAACAACCCGCAGCCCCGGCUGGCCCUGGUCCUACUGGGCCCCACUGAUUUCAAAACACCUUAAGACUAAUUCCGCGAACCUUAACACCGCGAUACAGAAAAGCACAACGCCAUCUAUCGAGCUAUCGGGAAGCUCGCGAUUGAACAAUGAGCUACAGGUUAAAGCGCGAGAUAUCAUUGCACUUCUUACGUAUCUUAAAAAAAACAACGUCACCACGUUUUAAAAAGCUAUCAUUCCACUUCUUACGUAUUUUAAAAACACAUCGUCACCACGUUUUAAAAACACCCAGCGCCAUCUAUCGUAUACCUCAAGAACUAAAUAACUUAACUAAUACUUAUACCAAUUAGUAAUUCGUUGAAUUAUAGUUAUUUCAGGAUAAGUAGAUGUAAAAAAAACAGUUAAGACGAUAAAACAAAUUGUACGUCAUCCCUCGGGUUUUAAACGACACACAGCGCCAUCUACAAUCCAUCCAUCAAGCAAACAAUAUUUUUGUUUUCCCUCGGGAAUAUCUAUUUUUUUCGGGAUAAAAAGUACCCUAUUAUUUAAUCCGGACUUCUAACUUUACGUCUGCAAAAUUUCAAAGCAAUCGGUUCAGUAGUUACGGCGUGAAAGCGGAACAAACAAACAAACAAACAAACAAACAAACAAACUCACUUUCCGAUUUAUAAUAUUAGUAAGGAUACACGUAGUUUGUUCUAGAACAGUUAAAAAACAGAUCGCUUAUAAAUUAUAACGUUAAUUAGCAUUUAUUGUUAAUUUAGAAACCGGUCGGAUAUAUUUUGCUAUUUUAAAACACAUAAUUUAAUGGUUUAUUUAAAAUAGGAACUUAUUCGACUUUAGAGAUAUGUUUUUCGGCUAAUUAAUUGAAACACAAAUAGGUACUUAUUUGUGUUUCGCGAAACUUUAAGCGUGAGAGAAAAACUGUGGCGCUUUGUAUGGCCACAUAUUGUGAUGAAAUACAAAUAAA